CUUGUUUUUGUGCCUUUUGAGAUUUUUCAAGGUAUGUAGCGUACGCACAAGAUAGUAGCCAGGGUUCUUCUGUGUUGUGAAUAGAUAUUCUGAAACGCUCUUUCUUUGGUUUGGAUCGGAUCCUGGGCUGAGCUCCACACAUGGUUGCACGUGAUCUAGGAGCCUAUCCAAAACCCUGCCAUGUUUGAGGUGGCUCGUAUUUGCUAAAAGUGCUGCUUUCGGCAUUUUCUGUUUGGAGCAGUGACGUGGGGCGUUUUCAUUCUCUUUUAGCUCAUUCCAGUUCGCUUCUUAUGUCAAUGAGCCUUUCGAAUUUUGCAAUUCAGCCUGCGGAGGGCGGUGCGUCGUCGGACUGGGCGUUCAAGCAGCUGUUCUCACUCGAAUCCGAGUGUCGCUCGUCGCAAACUGGACAGCAGGUGCGGGCCCUGGGGCAGUUUCCGAAGUUGCUCGACACGUUUCCAUUCCCGACACUAGUGACCUCGGCGUUUCUCAAGCUGGGCGAUUUGUUUCGGGGCGGCACAAAUGCGCUCCGGUACCAUAUCGUGCAGGUGUUUGAGCGCGCUCACCACCACCUGCCGCGCGUCACGCACACCGACGAGCUGCUGAAGCGGAUCCUGACUGUGCUGUACUCGAACGACCCU